ACUGAAACCUCCCUAAAUUGAUACAAAGAAAAUGUCAAUUUGCUUUGUACGCGCGUAAAAUAAGUCACAGCUGAUAAAAUGUUAACGUUAUUGCAAUAAAUAGAUAUUAUUAUUUUAUGUUUAUUAAUUGGUAAAUUGUGAACAAGAAAAAAGAGGAAUAAAAAAUGACAGCAGAACAUAAAAAAUAUUUAAAUGGUCUUUUAAAUAGCAUAGAAGGCCUACAUAGUAUAUUAAUAACUGACCGAGAUGGUGUACCUGUUGUAUCUGUAGCGGAUGAAAAAGCACCAGAGCUUGCUAUGAGGGCAAGUUUUCUUUCCACAUUUGGAAUGGCUACAGAUCAAGCUAGUAAAUUAGGACUUGGAAAAAAUAAAAUAGUUAUUUGUAUUUAUAGCAGUUAUCAGGUCGUGCAGCUGAAUAAAUUACCGCUGGUUAUUAGCUUUAUCGCUAGUCAUAAUUGUAAUACGGGUCAUAUUUUAUCCUUAGAGAAUAAAAUAGAACCAAUUUUAAGUAACUUAAAAAAUGCGGUGGUAGAAGCCUGAUGGUUACCCGUAGUCCAUUACGGGUGAUAAAUAAUAAAUGUUCUUCGGACUGCACUCGUGCGUACCUCGAAGAAUAAUUAAUAUGUUAUUAGGCAUUGUUAUGUACAGUACCUAUAAUUGAAAACAAAUUGAUUCUAUAUUUGUUUAUAAAU